CUCAUUUGCUCGAAAAAAUUAAUUAAUAGUCAUUGUAUUGGAUCUGAAAAAACUAGGGUACGAGGAUUCAUUGUCAGCUUAAGAAACCAUAUAACUCCCGUUAUCGGGCACAAAUCGUGGAGGGAGGAGUUUACGCUAUCAAAAAUCUAUUGAUUCAUGGCAACUAUCAAGCCUUCAAGACAACUCCGCAUCGAUUUAUGUUGGCUUUCUUUAGCAAAACUGAUGUCAAAACAAUGAGUACCAAAGGCUUUCUCGAUUUCAUGUGUGACCUACGUUCCUUUGAUAGUGUUCGUGAGCAACCCGUCUUGAAAGAUGAUUUAUUAACAGGAGUGGUUAGUCUGUGUACCGCAUAUGACGUGACCAAGAUUGUUUAUGAUGGUGUCUCAAAUGAAGUCAUUAAGUUCAAGUCAAAGCUUUCAGAUCAAGGAGAUGAUAUCACUUUUACCCCAACUAUUUUAAGUGGAGUUGAUGAUGUCGAGAGUGGAACACUUACAAUCACAAGUAUCAAGACAUUGCUCGAUGAGAAGGAAGGAUAUUUUUGGAUUAAGGGUGAGAUAGAUUCACUUGACCCAAUGCGCUCUUGGUCCUAUCUUGGGUGCACCGAGUGUAACAGGAAAGUUUAUCCGGGGGAUGUGAGGUACAAGGUCAUUGUUCGGGUUGUUGAUGAAAGUGGAAGUGGUCAUGCUUCAUUUGUCCCUUUUGAUAAAGAGUGCACACAGUUGCUAGGAGUGAGUGCUUUCUUGCUUAGGGAGGCUAUGAUUGAGAGGAAGAUGGACCCGGACACUAUACCACAGGAAAUGGAUGGAAUCAUUUGUCAAAAGGCUCUUUUCAAACUUCAUGUGAAAAAGCAACAAGGCUCACCAGCUAAGCACCUAUCAAGGAUUUUUAGUGUUGGACAAAUUGUGACUGACCAAGUGGUGCUAGCUAAAUAUAACAACAUUGUUGAAAGAACAAAUUUGGAUGAUUUUUGGGAGAGUCUAGAAGACUUAAGCCAAAUAGUGGAAAAGCAACAACCUAUGUACGAAAUUCCCUACUUAUUGUGGUAAUAAAUGAUCACCUUAAAUAUCAUAUGAACUUCUCUCUUGCAUUAACACUUCUUUACUCUCUACCAACUACCAAAUCCAUCCACUCUAACCCUCUCCAUUCAAUACCUCCUUUAAAGACUUCAAAGCUACUUUCAAAGAGGGAAUUGACAAAAUGAGGAAGCUGAAUAAAACAGGAAAAUUCAU